UGUCAGAGACAGUCAGGGACAGUCCUCAGGAGUGGCCCCUGUCCCCCGAGAGACCCGAGUCUCCUGAGCAGCGGGAAACUGAUGUCAAACGUCUGCGUCACCGAGCACGUGAGAAGCAACACGAGACCCACCGGAGCGCGAGACCCGCUGCAGCCAGGCGGAAGUUGAGAAAGUUUGAAAGUUUCACUGGUUUUACUGGUUUCACUGGUUUUACUGGUUUCACUGGUCUGGGGGCGAUGAAGAGGAGUCGGCUGCUGGCCGUGCUGGUGGGCGGGGUCUUCUGCGUGGCUGUGAUGUCACUGUACCGCAUGCUGGAGCUGAUGCAGGGGGCGGAGCUUCAGCGGCGCCAGGAGACACCUGCAGGACAGGUGGACGAGGAUUUGUCCCGCCUCCAGCAGAAGAUUGACAGGUUGGAGCGUCUCCUUAGCGACAACAGCCGUCUGGUUGCUUCGCUGCGGGACUCUCUGCUCCACAGCAAAGCAUCAUGGGAAACGGCGGGCGGGGCCAAUGGCAGCUCAGACUCCGCCCCCGACCGAGCAGACGCGCUGCCUGGCUGCCGAUUGGCUGAGGCGACGAAAGGCGGUGCGGAAGGCGUACAGCUGCUGGAUGUUUACAGCCUCCUGCCCUUCGAUAACGUUGACGGCGGCGCCUGGAAACAAGGCUUCGAGAUCCGUUACCAAGGUAACGAGUGGGACGAGCAGCCGCUGGAGGUUUUCCUGGUUCCUCAUUCACACAACGACCCCGGCUGGUUGAAGACGUUUGACAGUUAUUAUCAGGAUCAGACCAAACACAUCCUCAACAACAUGCUGAUCAAACUGACUGAAGACAGCAGGAGGACGAUGAUUUGGGCCGAAAUCAGUUACUUCUCUAAAUGGUGGAACGACAUCGACGAGCAGAAGAGAGAGAUGGUCAAACGCCUGGUGGGGGCGGGGCAGUUGGAGCUGGUUACAGGCGGCUGGGUGAUGGCAGACGAAGCGAAUUCACACUACUUCGCUCUGCUGGAUCAGCUGAUCGAGGGUCACCAGUGGAUCCAGCGCCACCUGGGUGUGAAGCCGAGCAGUGGCUGGGCCGUGGAUCCGUUUGGCCACUCCCCCUCUAUGACCUACCUGCUGAAGGGGGCGGGGCUUAGCAACAUGGUCAUCCAACGCGUUCAUUACGCCGUCAAGAAGCACUUCGCCCAACAACGGACACUGGAGUUUCUAUGGCGACAGAGCUGGGACUCCUCCCCUCACAGUGACAUCACGUGUCACAUGAUGCCGUUCUACAGCUAUGACGUACCGCACACGUGUGGUCCGAACCCGGCUGUCUGCUGUCAGUUCGAUUUCCACCGCCUGCCGGGGGGGCGGGUCUUCUGUCCGUGGAGAAUACCGCCACAGCCAAUCACAGAGCAGAACGUGCAGGACAGAGCUGUCCUCCUGUUGGACCAGUACCGGCAGAAGUCCCGUCUCUUCCGUUCUCCUGUUCUUCUCGUCCCGCUCGGAGACGACUUUCGCUUCGUGGACUUGAGCGAGUGGAAUGCUCAGUUCAGUAACUACCAGAAACUCUUCGACUACUUUGACCAGCACCCGGAGCUGCACGUCAAGGCUCGUUUCGGGACGCUCUCUGAUUACUUCGAAGCUCUUCAGCGGCGUCUGAGCGCAACAGGAACGACUCUGCCGACACUCCGCGGCGACUUCUUUACAUACGCCGACCGUGACGAUCAUUACUGGAGCGGGUACUUCACCUCCAGACCGUUUUACAAACGCCUCGACCGAACGCUGGAGGCCACACUCAGGGCGACAGAAAUCCUAUUCAGCCUGACGUUGGCUCAGAUGCGUCGUUUCCGGGGCGACGGUCGUCUGGUCGAUGACUUCCCGGCACAUGAACACUUCCAGCGUUUAACGGCGGGGAGGCGGAGCCUGGCGCUGUUCCAGCACCAUGACGCCGUCACUGGCACCGCCCGAGACCCUGUGGUGGUCGACUACGGCACCAGGUUGUUUCGCUCGAUCCUGAACCUGCACCAGGUGCUGCAGAGCUCCGCCCACUGGCUGCUCCUAUUGGACAAGAGCCAGUACCACCACGACCAAUCAAAACCCUUCAUGCAAAUGGACGACGUGAUGUCGGCGCAGGACGCGCUGCCUCAGAAGACGCCGCUCACGCUCAGCCAGGAGCCCAGGUCUCUGAUCGUCUUUAACCCGACGGAGCAGCUCCGCUCGUCCGUCAUCAGCGUUGUCGUCGACUGUCCCGAUGCUCAAGUCGUCGACGCAGAAACAGGUCGACCAAUGGCAGCGCAGAUCUCUGCGGUGUGGGUGGAGCCGAGCCGAGCGUCCGCAGACUCCUUCCAGCUUGACUUCCUGGCUGAACUUCCUCCUCUGUCGCUCGUCGUGUAUCAUGUGACCAAAGCCUCCGCUGGCUCCGCCCACCAGGUUCAGUACACCUUCAGUGGCCGCGGCGACCCGCCAACCAUCCAGGCCCAGCACUUCCAGGUGUCCCGCCCACAAGGACUUGAGGCCGACGCCCCCCUGUCACUUAGCAACAAACAUGUCCAAAUAUGGAGCUCCCCGGAAACAGGCCUGCUGCAGAAGCUGCGUCUGCGGUCCGGUCUGACCCGUCAGGUCCAGGUCCAGUUUCUGUGGUACGGAACCAGAACCGGAGCCAACCGGGACAAGAGUGGAGCCUACCUGUUCCUGCCGGGGGCGGAGGGGGCCCAGCCAUAUUCGUACUCGGAGCCCCCCCUGGUCCGGGUCUCCAGAGGUCCACUGUUCUCUGACAUCACUUCCUGUUUCCGGCACUUCUCGCACACGGUGCGACUGUUCCACCUGGACGGGCAUGCUGGGAGAGCCCUGCAGAUUUCCAACAUGGUGGACAUCAGGUCAGAGGUCAACCGCGAGCUCGCCAUGCGGCUCAUCAGCGAUGUCGCCAACGGCAACCGAUUCUACUCCGACCUCAACGGUUUCCAGAUGCAGCAGCGGCGGACGCUGUCGAAGCUCCCCCUGCAGGCCAACUUUUACCCGAUGACCUCGGCGGCGUUCCUGCAGGACGCCACGUCUCGCGUGUCUCUGCUGGCGGCUCAGAGUCAGGCUGUGGCGUCCCUCAGACCAGGUGAGCUUGAGGUGGUGUUGGAGCGCCGUCUGCAGCAGGACGAUAACCGCCCCGGCCUCGGUCAGGGCGUCACCGACAACAAGCUGACGGCGAGUCUCUACAACCUGCUGCUGGAGGACCGCGGGGGCGGGGCUCAGGAAGUGGGAGGAGCCUCUGUUGGACACCUGUCACUGCUCGCUCACCUGACCUCGCUCUCCCUCUGCCACCCGCCAUUCACCAUGUUCGCCCUUGGCGACAGCCAGGGGCCGAAGCUCCGCCCCUUCCAGCCGCUGAGCGCGUCACUGCCGUGUGACGUUCACCUGCUGAACCUGAGGACACUGGAGGACGUGCAGGAAGCAGAAAGUCCAUCACAGGAAGUGGCUCUCCUCCUCCACAGGAAGGGCUUUGAUUGUAACUCCGCCCCCGAACCACCACUGCAGUGCACGUGGAGCGCGCACGAGGAGGUGAAUCUGGACGAUCUUUUCUCGCCUCUUCAGUUUCGGUCCGUCCGGCGUUCGGCUCUCACUCUGCUGCGACUCCACGACGAACCCCAAUCUGCCCGGCAACAGCAGCCGCCGCGCAUCGCUCGCCUUCCACCGAUGGAAAUCAGCGCUUUCCGCGUGGAGAUCGACUGACAAACGAGCUAAAACCCGAAAUGUCGUCGGUUUGUGACCGAAACGGAGGAGCGUUCGUUCAACAUCAAAAUCUGACACAAAAUAACACACAAAACUUAAAACGUUCAAACGGUCCUGAAAAACCUGGAAAAGUCAAUGCAUUUUCAAAUUAUACACUGAAAGAUGAGUUCAAGGACCGUCGCAAGUUUGAAAAUCCAACAAUAAUUUCUGUUUUUAUAGUUUCUGGCUGAUAAAUCGAAGCAGUUUAGGGAUUUUCAUUUUAAAAAUGUCGAAAAUGUUUUUUAUUUAAAAAAUUGCCAACUAUAAUUUUCUCUUCAAAGUUCCCCAAAAUAAAACAAAAAAAUCACCAAAAUAUUUUCUUUAAAAAAUGCCAAAAAUACUUCCUUAGAAA